AAGAGUAGGUCUAAGGAACACCAGUGCUAUUCAAACUCAGUUCUGCCCCAAGUGUCAGGAGCAUCCACGCAGGUCCUGGAGCCUGUGCUAACCCUAGGAUAAGGUAAAGGGUGCUGUGACUCCAGACCUCCCAAGCCACAUGGCAGCCAUAGGCUCACUGAAAUUCAACCACCGCUACCUGCACCCCAUCAGUAUGUGCCCUCAAAGUGACUGCUACGCUGACAUCAAGCCAGAGAGAGGCAACAUACAACAGAACUUAGGGUUUGUGAUAAGGCCACAGAGACUAGUGUGGUCUCCCACUCAAAGGCUCAGACAAAGCAAAGAACACGUGGCCUGACCUGGGAGCCGCUCAGCACCAUUCUCCCCGGGUGAAGCCUCACACAGACCUGCCUGUGACUGUCCGAUGGCAUUUACACUCCCACUUGGUGUUCUUGCAGAUGCUAACUUCCCCACCUCCUCCAUCUGUCAGUGUGGGCCUGUGGAGAUCCGCGCAGACGGCCUGGGCAUCCCGGUCCUCCUGGAAGCUGUGCUGAAGCUGCUGCCUCUGGACACCUAUGUGGAAAGCCCGGCUGCUGUCAUGGAACUCGUGCCAAGCGACAAGCAGAGGGGCCUGAAGACUCCAGUGUGGGAAGAUUAUGAGCUCCUUCUGCUCAGGGCUGGAUGCACUAAAGCCUUGAUGAGAAUAGAGAGGUUUGAGUUUUAUGAACGAGCAAAGAAGGCUUUUGCGGUUGUUGCAACGGGGGCAGGGCCAGGGUCUCAGCACGCUGGCCAGCACAGUCCUCCUGCAGGGAGACAGCCCUCUACGGAAACAUCAUCCUCAAGAAGGGGACGCUGACCCCCACCCCGAUGUAGGCCUGGCGGUGGCCACUGUGCACCCAGAAGUGACAACACCUGACCGGUGACUUCCCCGUGAUUCACCAGGCCUCGGACCCCUCCCAGGGCCGCAGGAACUGGCAAGCCUUGGACGCCCCUCACCGACCAGACAGAUUCUCCCCAUGUGAAAAAUGAUGUUAAAAUGAGCCACUUUCAACCUUC